UCCGGCUCUCAGAGUCCGUAAGCAGCUCGGUCUGCCUUCUUCCGGGUUUAGUAGCUAUUUCCCUCCGGCGUCGUGGUCCGCGAGCUGCAUCUGCUCCCGCUGCGGGCCAGCCUCACGCCGUUCCCUGCCCCUCGGUCCCCGGAGUGAGCCCGGCCUCCCCGCGAGGAAAGAAGGGAAAAUGCCAAAAAAAAAGACUGGGGCGAGGAAGAAGGCAGAGAACCGCCGGGAACGUGAAAAACAACUAAGAGCAUCAAGAAGCACUAUUGAUUUAGCUAAACAUCCGUGCAAUGCUUCAAUGGAAUGUGACAAGUGUCAGAGGCGGCAGAAGAAUAGAGCAUUCUGCUACUUUUGUAAUUCUGUACAGAAGUUACCAAUCUGUGCACAGUGUGGGAAAACAAAGUGCAUGAUGAAGUCGUCAGACUGUGUCAUAAAGCAUGCUGGUGUCUACAGUACUGGCCUUGCCAUGGUGGGCGCAAUCUGUGACUUCUGCGAAGCUUGGGUUUGUCAUGGUAGGAAGUGUCUCAGUACACACGCCUGUGCCUGCCCGCUUACCGAUGCUGAGUGUGUGGAAUGUGAACGGGGUGUCUGGGACCACGGAGGCAGAAUUUUCAGUUGUUCUUUUUGCCAUAACUUUCUCUGUGAGGAUGACCAGUUUGAACAUCAAGCCAGCUGCCAGGUUUUAGAAGCGGAAACAUUUAAAUGUGUUUCGUGCAAUCGGCUUGGCCAGCAUUCCUGUCUCCGUUGUAAGGCUUGUUUCUGUGAUGAUCAUACAAGGAGCAAGGUGUUUAAGCAAGAAAAAGGAAAACAGCCUCCCUGCCCUAAAUGUGGACAUGAAACUCAGGAAACUAAGGAUCUUAGCAUGUCAACACGCUCCCUGAAAUUUGGGAGGCAGACUGGAGGUGAAGAGGGAGAUGGAGCUUCUGGGUAUGAUGCCUAUUGGAAGAACCUUGCAUCUGAUAAAUAUGGUGAUACCAGCUACCAUGAUGAGGAAGAAGAUGAGUAUGAAGCAGAGGAUGAUGAAGAGGAAGAAGAUGAAGGUGGAAAGGAUUCAGAUGCUGAGUCAUCAGAUUUGUUUACUAAUUUGAAUUUAGGAAGGACCUAUGCCAGUGGCUAUGCUCACUAUGAGGAACAAGAGAACUAGGGAAGAUGCUUGCCCACCAGUGACCUUGUCUGAGGAGAUGGAAUGCGUGUGCUUGUUAAAUCGUGUGUGGAUGCUCAGAAGUAUGUACUGUCACUUAGCCUUGUGUGAAAGACUAGUCACACUUCCUAGGGCAAGGAGUAGGGCAUAGCAUUUUAAUAGGAACUGAUAAUCAGGCUUCUAGCAUAAGAAAAAUGAGUUUCAAAUGUAAGGUGUUUAUCAAUCCAAGCAAUUGAAGCACCAUGGAUUGGAUUUUUACUGAUUUCAGUAAUCUAGUAGGUUUGCCAAUGAAAUACAUAUACAGGAUAAAGGAAUAGGAUGGUAAUAUAUUCAUUUGAAAUUAAAUUGCUGUUUUUAUUAAAAAACACUGCUUAUAAAAUCAUCCUGUCUGAUUUUGUAAAAUGUAAUGGGUAAAAUGAAUUAUUGUAUUUUUCCUUGUUUGUCUAAAAGGAUAAAAGUCAGAUGUUAUAUGCUAAAUUUUCAUUAAAUAUUCAUGUUAUCUUAAGUAGUAACAUAUAUGUUUUAGCAGUUGACUCAUUCAUUUCUUUCUUCACAGCGUGUGUCCUGAACAAAACUUCUUAUUUAUGCUUAAAUGUAUAGACAAAGGUGACUAUAUGUCCAUUUUUCAGAGGCACAGAAUCAGUAUUAUUAUACAGAUGUUUUACCCAGGAGAUUUCAUUUCUCUUUGAAUAAAUCUAGUAUCUCACUUA